UUCUCACUAACUUUUUUCUUCUUUUUUUUUCUCUGCCCGAAACGAUUCUGAAGAAGGUCCCGUUAGACUUUCGGAAGAAGAGGAUCGGAUCAGCGGAAGAGAGGAAAACGCAGGGGCGAUAACGGCGUCUUAUUCGUCCCCUUCUCUCUCUUUGUCCCCCUCGCAAGAAAGCCAAGAGCAAACGAGUGUUUGGCCUUUGUCCCCGAGUGGUUCGCCCCUUCCCAGGCUGAGAGGACUUACACCAUCAGAGGCGAUGAGAUGUGAGUGAGCUAUGCCUUGUGGAAAUGGACAGACUUUAUCCAAGCGAAAACAUGGCGUCUGCGUCCCGGGACCGUCCGGCUUCUUCUGCAGCCUGCUGGCGGCGCUCUGCUGCCUGGGCGCGUGGGGCUCCGGGCCGCAGGGGGACGGCGCCAGGAGCUGCUACCCCUGUCCCGUCAACUGCAGCUGCGCGCCGGUGGGGCCCCAGCCGUCCUGCGUCGUCAAUUGCUCCAACGUCGGGCUGGAGAGGGCCCCGGCGGCGGCGGAGGUCCCGCAGGCCACCAACGUGCUAGAUCUUUCCAAGAACCACAUCUCCUCUCUUGAUACCGGCCUGCUCGAUCGUCUCACCGUCCUCCGAGAGCUAUAUCUUCAAGGGAACAGGAUCAAUGUUCCCCCGAGAGGACUGUUCUGCUGCGGGCAACUGUCAAUCCUCGAUUUGAGUAACAACCUCAUCACCACCAUAGACGAAAGAAUAUACGACAACCUCUGCAAUUUAACUCAAAUCGACCUGAGCGGUAACCCCUUUGAUUGUGACUGUAAGUUGUUUCGGCUGGUCAGCUGGCUCCAGGAGAAAGGGGUGCGGGUCCGCCGGCCGGAGGACAUGCUGUGCAGGCAACCUCCCGAGCUGCUGGGCCAGCCGCUGCUCAACGUCAGCCUGCUCACCUGUGGUCUCAACUACGCCGCUUGCCUGGAGGACAGCAGCAGUGGAGGAGGUGGACGGAGUGAGCUUGUCAUCUUCUCCUCCUCCACACCGGGGAACUUCACGAGCGAGCAGUGUAACAGCGUGUGCUUCGCCGCGCUGCACCGCUACGGGGGUUUGGGGGCGAGACGCGAGUGCCUCUGCAGCACAAACUCCGAGCCAAACUUCAUCAGCAAAGCUCGCUGUUCAGCCGCCUGCACGAACCCCCACGUCAUGAAGGAAUGCGGGUGGACUCUGGCCGACGACGUGUUCGCGGUGGACUUCGCCGUGUCGCUGAAGCCCCUCGCGCUGCAAAGCGUCCACGACAGCGUCAGUUUCUCUGCCGCUUCCUCCGUCACGCCGGUGACCCUGUCCUGGGACUUUGGUGACCUUUCGUCCCGAGUCAACACUACAGAAUCGGGGUGCACCACAGCAACUCACAAAUAUGGGCUUCCGGGGCAUUAUGCGGUCGGUUUGAUGGCUUGGGCUGGACACAAGGAGGUACGUUCAGCACGCGCAGGAGUCACCGUGACACUUCCUCCCAAGCUGGAGCUGCGCUGUCCACCUCUAGCUGUGGCCAAUAAGAGCCUGGACAUCACACUGGUCAGCUGGGGUGCUGAUGGCUUGAAUGUUGAUUGGAAGAUUUCGAAGGAUGGUGUUGAGGUUGCCAAAGCCUGCCCUCACUUCCCAAACAACGGGGUGUGCCACGACGAGUCCUCUCGCUGCUUCCAGAUCGUCUCGGGCGAGUUCAGCUGGACGGACGCUCGCCAGCAGUGUUCAGACUGCGGCGGGAAUCUGGCGAUAGUCAGGAGCGACGCGCUGCGCAUCCUGCUGGCACCCAAGAUCACGCAGGUGCGAGGAGCGUGGCUCGGCUUCAGCGACGUCGACUCUCCGGGCAAGCUGCGCUGGAUGGACGGCUCGGACGCUCAGGAGGGAGAGGAGGGCCCGCCGCCGCGUUCCUCCAUCGCCCGUGGAAACGUGUGCGUGUCCCUCGAUCAGUCGGCUCAGACCAGUUCGCACCCAUGCAAUGCCAAGCGGGCCUACGUCUGCCAGUACAACGCCCAAGUGCGUGUUCCAGAUGCAGGGAUUUACACUUUGGGCCUGACUGUGUUUCCCUCCCAUAAUCCUUUGCACCGCGCCGCGCCCGCUCCGCUCUCCACUCCACAGCCUCCCAGAGGAGGCGUAGAGGUGCUGCUGUUCCCAGCUAUGAGCUGCGUUCGGGCAGGUCGUCUGUCCUCUCUGGAGUUCGUCGCUCCGGAGCUCCGUUCACAAAUCCACGUCCGGUUCCAGACCUACAGACCGUACUGUCAUCAUCCCGGCCUGCACCUGCUGCUUCCCAGCUGUGGGGGUCCAGCGUGCGCCCCGGUGGCGGUUUGUGUCCCUAAUGACACCCGGAGCGGUGAUCCGUCCUCGUGCCCCCGACUAGAGCAGUGGUGUCCCUUCCAGCGCCGUUGCCUUCCCCUCCUCAGUCCCUGCCGCCCGUCUGCCUGUCCGAACUGCACACAGGGUCACCUCCUGCCCCCCGGGGCCCGCAGGCCUAGAUACACCCUGCAGAAUGAGGUGGUCUUCACUCUACCACCGGGACCGGCUGCACACGUACUGGUACGAGAACACCUGGAGGACCUGUUGGUUUCCCCUGGCGACAUCAUCGCGCUGCAGCACGAUGCUGGCCCCGCCUCCCUCCUCCACUGCAAGUCUUCCCCACAUUCAAUGUGGCGACAGCCCGUCUUUGCCCUCAACCAGUCAGAGUGGUUCUGGAUCAACAACACCGCGCAGUCGAUAGAAAGCGUGGCUGACCUUCAGCCUUCCCCAGAGCUUGACCUGAAGACCCUGGUGGAGGGUGGUGAGGGAGUCUGGCUGGAGGAGGUAGUUUGUCCCGUCAGGGUGCUCUAUGUGGGACACAGUGAGACUCAGCUCCUGGGAGUACAGUUGUCUGAUGGCCUGAAACAGCCCGGACUCUACAGGCUGCUGGUGACUUCAGCUGAACCAUCAUACCCAGCCUCUGCAUCAUGCCCAUUGCGAGUGGUGCCUCCUCUGGGUUUGACCAUCCUUCACCCCCACCCAGAGAAUGGCACCCUCUACCUGCAGCCCAGCAACACCAAGCUGCUGCUCCGGGUCCGCUCGAGCUACCCAACAAAGGCUUGGCGGCCCGGCGGUAAUCACAGCGUCACCUUCCAGCCCGAAUGUCCCCAAGAGUUCUCUGCUGGUCCAGGACUCUGUCAGCCAGAGGCGGGCUCGGAGUCGGGGGGGGAGGCCACAGAGCCCAGCUUGUAUGCAGUGCUGGAUCUAAACUUGAGUACGGAGGAGCAGAGAAGUCCGGUGAAGGUGGAGCUGGAGGCCCACAAUAACGUGACUGAGGCCAGCCUGUCGGUGGUGGUCCACUUGGAAGAGCCGCUCAGAGUACUGGUGGUGCAGCCGCAUCCUGCACACAGGGUGCUGAUGGAGUCCGUUGUGAGCUACACAGCAUCAGUGCAGGAAGGCUCCAAUCCCACGUUUAAAUGGACAGUGGAUGACAAGCCAUACUUCACCUAUUAUAACACCGUCCUCAAUGUCAUCUACCAGCAGGCCGCCACCUACAAGCUCACUGUGACGGCCAUGAACCACUUCAGCAAGCUCACGGAGCACUUCAACGUGACGGUGGACCGGCUGCAGCCCAUGGCCAACGUCACAGUAAAGGGCGUGCCAGAUGUUGUCCCUCAGUGCUCCACUCAGACUCUCACCACCUCUGUUCUUGUCGACAUGUCUGUGGCCGCCACUUUCCGAUGGUCUUUUGGUGACGGCGGAUAUAAGGAAUUUGAAUACAAGCCUCCCUAUGCCCCUUCCCUCCUCUGCCCAGACUCCCCCAAUCAGGUGCUUCUAAGCAACAACGUCACCUACAUUUACUCCCAGCCAGGAAUAUACACAGCAUUAGUGUCAGUGUCCAAUCGCUAUGAGAACAUCAGUCAGAGCAUCAACAUGAGCGUCUACAGCAUCCUCACCCGUGUCGACAUACAAACGGAGCCGCUACUUCUCCUCACUGGCAAAUCGGCCGAUUUUGAGGCUCACCCUCUGCCCUCUCCGUAUGGCAUUCACUAUGACUGGCACUUUGGAGAUGGUUCCGCCCUGCUGCGAGGUCGCCGCGUGGCACACACCUUUGCACAGAGUGGCGUCUUUAAUGUCUGCGUACAUGUUAACAACACUAUCAGUUCGAUGGACGCUUGUGCGGAGAUGUUUGUGUAUGAGGAGGUUGGAGAUUUGACAGCUGAAAGCUCUUCUCCUACAGAGCUUCACAGUCCUACUACAGUACGGGCCCGCCUUGGAUUAGGUAAUAACAUCACAUGGAGAUUCUCAAUGGGAGAUGGGACCGUCUACACACAACCCGAACCUGAGGUGUCCCACAGUUACAUCAAAGACGGCAACUACACGGUGAAUGUAACGGCCGCCAACGCUGUGAGCUCCGGCUGGACAAUCCUACCAGUGCAGGUGUUCGUUUUCCAAGUUGUGAAAAUGGAGCCCAACGGCUGUGUCCAAGAGCAGACCCCCGUCAACUUUCAGGCUUGGGUGUCCGGUAACGCGUCGGCUCAUCUUUAUGAAUGGAGCUUUGGGGACGCCACCGCAAACGAGACGCACCGCGGCGACCCCAGAGUCUCGCACACGUACUGGACCAGUGGGAACUACCACCUCUCACUGCUUCUCUCCAGCGGGGUCAACGAGGCCACCAAGGCAAACUUCUUCAACUGGGUGUGCGUGCAGCCAGCGUUGACUAACAUCAGCCUCAACCUGGAGAAAUCCCACUACGCUGUUGGGGAUGAGAUCCGUUUGCAGGCCAGAGCACAGCCAGAAUUUAACUACAGCUAUCAGUGGGACUUUGGUAGAGGGGAAGACGUUGGGCUUGUAAGUGGCUCUGGGAAUGUCCGGACAACGUAUAAAAACCCUGGCCGUUACAGUGUGACAGUCAUUGCCUUCAAUAACAUAUCCACUAUUAACACCAGUGUUUUGAUUGAGGUUUUCAUGCCCGUGGGUCCCAUUGUCAUUCAACAUAAUGGCACCAAAUACAAUAACCUGACUCUUAAAGCGCCAUACUCUUUCACAACAUCUUCCAUGGCCUACAACGUUACUUAUGUCUGGAGCUUUGGAGAUGAAAAUAAGCUUACAGGCCAGAGUGUCCUCCAUAACUUCAACACCUCUGGAAACUACAAUAUUACACUAACAGCAGCCAACACAGUUAGCAGAAAUCACACCACUUUACCUGUUACUGUGCUCACACCAAUCUGUGGAUUGACUGUCAACGCCAGCUUGGUAAACGUCCCUCUCAAUGCCUCGGUCCACUUUGAGGCCCAAAUGGAAGAGGGAGAUGAUGUCCGGUUUUCUUGGAAUUUGUGUGACCGUUGCACCCCAAUCCAAGAGAAACACACUAUGUUCUACACUUUCCGCUCCGUUGGAACUUUCAACAUCAUCGUGACAGCGGAGAACGACGUCGGAACGACACAAGCGAGUGUCUUCCUCUAUGUCCAACGUGAGCUGGAGGGGCUGCAGAUUUUAGCAGAGGACGAGAUCAGAGGCGCGGGAUUGGACGGUUGCUGCUUUGCUACAAACCGCGUUCUCCACCUUCACGCGGGAUUAAAGGAAGGAACCAACAUGACGUUCACUUGGAGCCUCAUCAAAGAGCCAGACUCCCAAAGCUCGAGUUUCAACGUAAGCGGGAAGACAGUGCAGGUGAAUUUCUCCACACCAGGACCAUGUGAUAUAUUUCUCCGGGCUGCCAACCUCCUGGGCCACCUGUCUGUCACCAGAACCAUCCGCUUUCUGGAACCAGCUGGAGGGGUGAACCUGCUGGUCAGCGACAACCCAGUUGCGGUCAAUGCUUCAACUAAUCUGACGGUGCUGAGUCUUGAAGGCUCUGACCUGCAGUACCGCUGGUCUGUGAAUGGGGACCCUUUGAAGUGGAACCAUCCCUGGAAGACCCACACCUUCAUGAGUCCCGGCCUCAAGCUUGUCACUGUGGAAGUCUUCAAUGAGGUCAGCUCAAAGGUUGAGUCAAAGAUAGUCAGCGUCCAGGAAGUCAUCUCUGGUCUACGAUUCAACGCCACCAACGUGACCAAGCAGGGUUACGUAGCGACGGGCGACAGCGUCUCGCUGCAGGGGGAGGUACUGACAGGAACCAACGUCACGUGGACGUGGCAGUUCAAAGGAAGAACAGAAAUGGGAAGGAAUACUUCUAUUGUUUUCCAAGAGGCGAAAACAGCCACCGUCACUGUGAACGCGACCAACGACAUCAACGGGCAAGUCGUUUCUAGAGAGUUCUUCGUUCAGGACAAGAUAAAGGGGUUGGAGCUGAGGGCGAGUAAAAAAUUUGCGGCGGUCGGCGAGAAGGUGAACUUAACCGUGUUAAUGGCAGCGGGCUCUGACGUUUCCCUCAUACUGAACAUCAGCGGAGAUACCACUGUUACCCUUCAACCCAACCAAACCUACAGCCACACGUUCACCAGGGUGGCCACGCACAUGGUGAAUCUCACCGCUCAGAACCAGGUGAGUUUGAUUAAGUGGCACCUCCAAGUGGAGGUGAUGGAGCCGGUGCAGGGACUUUCCAUCCAGGGAAGCAGUGACGCGAUCCCCGUGGGGGUCAGGAGAUUGUUUGCAGCCAACAUCCUGACAGGCAAGCCUGUUCGGUUCUUGUGGACUUUUGAUCUACACCACCAUGCCAUGACGAUGCACAUGACUAAAGAGGUGUUCUACACGCCAGAAGAACCAGGUCUAUUGACCAUCUACCUGAAGGCCCUCAACACACUACAUUCUCAGAACGUUACAAAGUACAUCAUGGUGCAGAACCAGCUUUCAGCAGCUGUUCUGCAUGCAGCGCCCGUGGACACCUUCAUCAAUAAGACGGUGACCCUGAUUGCACACAUCACACCCAGAUCUAAUUCUGUGACGUGCUUGUGGGACUUUGGCGACAGCUCUACUCCUCUUCACACAAACACCACCACUGUGGGUUAUGAGUACAGCCACCCAGGACAAUACUCCGUCCAAGUGAACUGCAGUAACCUGGUGAGCUGGGUUCUGGCCCAGGUGGAGAUAAGCAUCAGCGUAUUGGAGUGUGAGGAGCCAGAAGUGCAGGUGGUUCAAGCCCCCCGUCUGGCCAUCUGGCGCUCGCAGCCCACGUUAGUGGAAGCUAGCGUGGACCUGAAGGGCUGCCUCCACUACGGAGCUCAGUACCUCUGGCAGAUACUUGCGACUCCCUCCUGUGAUAAUGACGAAGGCCCCAGUGUUGCCCCUGGGGUGGCAACUCAGCCCUAUCAGUCUUUGCUUGUCCCUAUAGUCCGCCUCCCGGUGGAGGUCGAUGUGCGACGGCUACAGCUGUCGCUGCCUAAGAUGGCUCUAGCUGCAGGGAACUACUCAUUGGUGUUUUCCAUGUCCUACGAAGGCGUGCCGCUACGGAAGGCCGCCUGUCUGCAGCUCAGUGUCAUGGCAACCAGGCUGAUGCCCAUCAUAGAAGGGGGCACAUACAGGGUGUGGUCAAGGACUCAGGACCUGAAGCUCAGCGCUGUGCAGUCCUACGAUCCCAACAUGGACCCAGACCGCCAGUCACUACUCCACUACCACUGGGAGUGUCAAGGCACCUCGAAGGGCGCGGAGCACUGCUCCAGUCUGAACUUCGGCCUGGGCACUAGUGAUCCCGUGCUGGGAAUCUCCGGCUCCGAGCUGGAAGCAGGCGUUGAGUACACUUUUAGACUGACCAUCAGCAAAGACGGCAUGCCGCCGGGGUCGACCACACAGACCGUGCUUGUUGAGAGCGGCCACAUUCCCAUGGUGUCUCUGGAGUGCGUGUCCUGUAAGGCCCAGUCCUUCUACGAGGUCAGCCAGAAUUCAUAUGUCUACCUCAAAGGAACCUGCGAAAACUGCCAUGGAUUUCGUCGGGGGCGCUGGAGUGCCAUGACGCUGGAAAACCAGACUCUGGUCCUGGACUCUUCCUCCACCACCACAGAAAGCGACGGCAUGGACCUGGUGCUCCGGCAGGGCGUGCUUCUCAACGGCGAAUCCUACAACUUCACUCUGCACGUGACCGACGAAAGUCUGGAUGGCGACGGCGCCGCCUCCAUCACCCUGCACAGCAACAUGCCGCCGGCCGGUGGGGAGUGUCACCUGAGAGGGGGAGGGGAAGCGGGAAUGGAGUACGGGAAAGACGGCGAGGGCUGGAGGAUACGCACGCUGUUGGACCGGGUUCACUUUAACUGCUCGGGCUACAGCGAUCUCGGGGUCUCAGAGACUCCUCUGCUCUACAGCUUAUUGGUGACGCGCUGCAGAGACGAUUACUGCGAAGAGUUCUGUGUGUACAAAGGCAGCAGCCCGGAGCACUCGGCCUUCCUGCCUCCAGGUUUUAGCUCAGUCCAAAACCGUGUAGCGGUGUCCAUCAGGGUGGAGGACCACCAGGGAGCAGCCAUCACUGCACUUAACAAGUCCAUUGAGGUGGUGCUGCCGGAGGCGCCACGUGAGUACAAGAGCCUUCCCCAUUGGCUGUCUGAGCUGACCGACAGCAAACUCAAGAAGCUAUUGGAGCAGGGAGACUCCCAGAGGGUCCGAGAGUUAUCGUUGGCUCUUAUUACAGUGCUCAAUGAGUAUGAGCUGACCAGGCACUCCCAGAAUGAGCGCGGGUACCGAGUCCGAAUCCGCAGCAACAUCACCAGAGCGCUGACCGCUCUGGACCUGAUCACCGUUAACGACAUCCAGCAGACGUCCGCCGCCUUGGCCCAGUGCACGGCGAUGAGUCGAGAAUUCAUAUGUGAGGAAUGUCAGAACAGCACCUUGAACAAGCUGGAGUCCAUGCUGGAGAUUCUGCAAACCGACACCAAGCAGGGCACCGUCACUCCCACUGAGAUAGCUGACAACAUCCUGAACAUCAUGGGUGAUCUAAUUCAUCAGGUCGGCCAGUCAACGUCCCAGUCUUACCUCCAGCUGGCCCACUUGAAUUCCCCCUCACACCCCUCAGCUGCCGUCUCCGGGGACCAGCAAGGAGCCCUCCCUUUGGAACCCCCGCCCCCCUCGCGAGUGGCGGCCAAAGCUUACAGCCUGUCCUCGGUCCUCAUGCGGAUCCUCAUGCAUGCCCGCGUGCUCAACGAGGAGCCGCUUGUGCUGAGGGGGGCUGAGAUUGCCGCCACAGGAAAACUGGCGGACCCCCAGAGUCUCCUCUGCUACCAUGACCACAACAGUCCAGAGUGCAAACGGUUCUCCAUCCCCCGAGCGUUCAACUACAGUCUUGGCAGAGCUGCAGCAGGAAACAGCAUUAUGCAGCUUCUCUUUCAGGUGGAGUCAAAUCCCUUCCCCUUCAACUUUGUGGCCAACUACACCGUCUCUACCGAGGUGGCAUCCAUGGAGUUCCGCACUGAAAAUGGCACUCAGAUCCCCAUCUCCGGCCUGGACGACAGCCUCGCCAUCACUGUUGCUGUUAACAACGGAAGCGGUGGAGGAGAGGUGGAUCUGGUGGGUUCUGGUACCAGAGGAAUCCCCACGGCUGAGGCUAACAUUAGCCACUGUGACUCCGUCAUCGUCAGGGUCAGCACGGGAAACACCAACAGAGAGGCGGGGAUGUUCGUGCAGCUCAAUUUCACCAACAAUCUGCAGGACGCGAGACAGAAGAAUAGAAGAGAAGACAAUGCGGAGGAGCCAUACAUCACAGCCUACCUUCAUUCACAUGAAGGACCCAACGAGUUCAACUGCACAGACAAAAAACGCAUCACACUCGGCAUGACCAGGGGGCAGGACCUCGACCACAGGAAAUACACCUUCUUCCUGUCGCCAGAGUUGUACGACACCACACUGGACUACUUUAUCAACGUGAGCACGCCAUGCAGCCCCAGCUCGCCGCCCGCGGGGGUUCGUCUGGAGGUUGGGGUGUUUGCUUCCUUGUGUCAGUACUUCAGUGAGAGUGGGAAGCAGUGGCGGACAGACGGCAUGGUGCCCCUUGCAGAAACCAAUGCCAGCAGAGCAGUUUGUCGCACCAGGCACCUCACGGCCUUCGCCGCGGGCCUGUUUGUACCGGCCGACGCCAUCAGCUUCAAAGUGCCGGAGCGUUCUGGUGCACCAAGUCUGGUCGUGCUCUUGGUGUGUGUGUUGGGCCUACUGAGCUACGUCGUGGCAGCGGCCCUCUUGCACAAGUUGGACCAGUUGGAUCUACGCCGGGCUGGCGUGGUCCCACUCUGUGGCCAAGACGGACUCUUCAAGUACGAGGUCCAGAUCAAGACCGGCUGGAGCCGCGGGGCAGGCACCACGGCUCAUGUGGGGGUCAGUCUGUACGGACGCGAGGGCCGCAGUGGGCACCGCCACCUCGACAGCAGAGGAGCUUUCGCGCGCAACGCUCUCGACAUCUUUCACGUCGCCACAGACACCAGCCUGGGCAAUAUCUGGAAAAUACGAAUUUGGCACGACAACAAGGGUCUGUCUCCAGCGUGGCUGCUGCAGUACGUCCUGGUCAAAGACUUACAGACCGGCAGCAGCUCAUACUUCCUGGUCGACGAGUGGCUGUCUGUCGACAACGAGCGGACCGGCGGACAGGUCGAGGUUGAGGUGGAGGCCACGGAGGAGGCCGUGCUCCGUCAGCUGCCCCGUCGUCUGCAGCGCGAGCUUCAGCGGGCGCUGUGCGACGGUCACCUGUGGCUGUCGCUGUGGGAGAGGCCCCCCCGCAGCCCGUUUACCCGCCUGCAGAGAGCCACGUGCUGCGCGUUGGUGCUGCAGCUCUUCGUGUUGGCCAACGCGCUGUGGUACAGCAUCGUGGUGGACGGGAGACCCAGCGCGCGGGCCGCGUCCAGGUUUUCUUCGUUGAGCGGGGAGACGGUGGCGGCAGGCGUGGUGACCUGUCUGGUCGUCUACCCUCUCUACUUGUUCGUCUUCACGCUCUUCAGAAUGAGUCGCAGCAAGUGCGUGUCUGUGGAGCAGGUGCCGCAGCAAGUGGACCAGGAGUCGGUGGAGAUUGAUGACUUCCUAGAUGACUCCAUCGACGGAAGUUCUUUCCUCUUUUUCAAUGGCGAGAGCAACUCAGAGGAAACCAAUUUGGAUUUGCCCACUCCAUCAACCAAAAGUGGGGAGAGUUGGGGCAUGGCGGAGGACGAGAUGGAGGACGGCGAUUGGCCGGAGCUCUUGAGUGACGUGUCAGUGGUGGGAGGGGCGGGGCAUGGAGCGGGGCUGCCCAGGCUGAAGAGGGGUCAGGGGAGCAGGCACCUGGGUGUCGACAUGACCUUUAACCCCGACGACGUCGAGGGGACCGACCAACGCGACAAAUAUUUCACCUCCUCAGACGAGGAUCUGAUCAAACACAUCCUGGCAGAUGGACAGAACUUCUUUCCUCAGACGGAUGAAAGUGAAAUGGCUGACUUGUUGAGCAUCCUAGGAGAUAAGACUGAAGUGAUUCUCCGCCAGCAGCUGAAUGAGCCUCUUCCUCUGGAUACCGUGAGAAGAGAUCCACCAAAAAAGGCUUUCAUCUCAAACACGGUUGUGACCGACGUCUGUCGCCCCCGAAGGUUUCCUCCCUGGUGCGGACGUGCCGCCCUGUGGGGCAGCUGGGCGGCCAUCGCUGUGGCGAAUGGAGUUUCGAUCUGGGCAGGUCACGGGUUCAGUCAGAGCGUGGCCAUGAUGUGGCUCGUCUCCUGUUUUGCCAGUUUCCUGUGUUCCUGCCUGCUGUUGGAGCCUGCUAAGGUACUGUGUGAGGCGGUUUACUACGCAGUGUGUGUGCUGCGUCUGCGGCCAGAAGACCAGGACGUGCUGGUGGAGUUCCCCCGGCUGGAGAGGGUGGUCCAACGGGUGGCCAGGGUCAGUCCACCGCAGGGCUUUGCUCUGUCUCAGGCCCGGCACCAGGCCCGCAAGGUCACCAUGCUGCACACCAUGCUGAAGAACUUCCUGGUUUACAUGUUCUUCCUGUUGGUGGUUUUGCUGCUCAACUACUCGGAUUCGGCCAAAGAUACACACAGCCUGAGACUGCGCACUCAGCUGCAACGAGCACUGCACACACCUGUGUACCACAACGUCAGCAGCCGAGCGGAUGCGCUGAUGUGGCUGAAUGAGUCACUGUUGCCGCAGUUACUGGAUGACUCCGCCCUCUUGAGAAACACAGGAAGCGUGUUGCUCGGCACGCUGCGGCUCCGUCAAAUCCGUGACACGCAGGGCUGUCUGAGUGCAGGGGACAGUAUUUUGGGAAAGCGUCGGUACCCUCUGACCAAAGACGUUGAGAAUGACGCUGCUUUCGGAAGGAACUCUACAAACGGAGCUCCGGUGAGGCUGUGUCAUAGUGGAGAUGUGAUCCAGCAGCUGAACAGAAGCCUGGAUGAGGCCUCCUCCUCCUUACAGCAGCUGCAGGAGCUGCACUGGCUCGACUACAGGACCCGGGCCGUGUUUGUGGAGUUUUCGCUCUACAACAUCAACACAAACCUCCUCGCGGUUUUCUCCUUCCUGGUUGAGUUUCCAGUUUCUGAGCGUGCCCAGUCCAGCCUGGACCUCCUGGUCAUCACCCUGUGGCCAAUCACAGGCCUUGACUUGCAGCUGCUUCUCAUGAUCAUCCUCGUCGGCUUGGUGCUGUAUUUCCUCCUGCGGGGGAUCUUGGGCUUCCUUAGAGAAGGUUACGCGUACUUGCUCUCAACCUGGAGACUCUUGGGCAUCUGCAAACUGGUUUUGGCGGCGUCUGUGUGCGGGCUGCACCUGAGCCGCUGCGCCGCGGCCACGCAGCAGUGGGCGUCGUACCUGAGGCACCCUCGGGACGCCUUCACGGACUUCUACCCCGUGGCCAGACAGAGUCAGAUGUACACCGCCGCGUCCGCCCUGCUGCUCUUCGUACUGGUGCUCAAGGCGUCCCACCAGCUGCGGUUCCUCAGGGAGUGGGCCGUGUUUGGCAGAGCUCUGCGCUGCUCAGCCUGGGAGCUGCUGGGAGUCGCACUGGCUUUACUCCUGCUGGUGCUGGCGUACUCGCACACGGGACACCUGCUCCUGCACUCGGUGUAUGACGGCUACGGCAGUGUGAGCGCCGCCUGUCGGUCUCUGUUGGGCGCAGGUGGGCGUGGCCUAAUGACGUGGCGUCCCAGCUGGACAGUUGCCGGUCCCUCCAGUCCCGCCUUUGCGCUGGUUUUCCACGCGAGCUUCGCCGUUCUUCGGCUGCUGCUGCUAUGGUUCGUCAUCUGUGUGUUACUGAGGAACUACCGGCGCGCUCGAGCGGAGCUCUACCGUCCAGCUGUGGAUCUCCAAGACUACGAGAUGGUUGAGCUAUUUCUCAGACGGCUCAAAAUGUGGAUGGGACUCAGCAGGGCCAAGGAGUUUCGUCAUAAGGUGCGUUUCGAGGGCAUGGAGCUGCCACCGUCCCGCUCGUCCUCCACCAGCGACUGCAAGUCCCUGUGCUUGCCACCGCUGGACGGUCCCGACUCGUCUCCCACCCCGGACAGCGUGGAUGCGGGUUCUGAGGCCUCGUGGCGUCCUUCCUCCUCCAGCCCCUGCAGCCUGACCGAGGCCCCGGGGAUCGGCCUGGGACUCGGGCUGGGCCUGGGUCUGGGUCUCGGCCCGGGAGUGGUGACGGGAAGUACCAGCUGGAGGGAGAGAACAGAGACCGAAGCCUCCCUGAGGAGGCUCCUCCCCACGCUGGAAGCCCUGCUGCAACAGCUCGACCGCGUCACGAUGGCAACGGAGGAUCUGUACCACAUUGAGCGUAGAAUGGAGCAGAGCCAGAGGCAAAGGAAGCCGAGGGAGCGAGGAGGCGGUGCUGGUAAGGGAGGCAGGAGUGAGGCGGGACAGAGAGGAACAGGGGCGAUCAAGGACCUUGUUGGAUGGAGAGAACGAAAGGACGGCAAGGAAAAACACAAAGGGAGCAGAAAGGGGAAAAAGGACUGUGGAAACCCCAAAAAGACUCCAGCAGACACACCUGUUCCUCCUCUAAAGGGAAGACCAGUCUCUGCCACCACACGUACGCCCGCUCUCCACCCUCCAACCAAAGCUUCAGUAAGUGCACCUCCGCCUCCACCCGUCACGGAUACAUCCGCCUCCGAUGCCUCCCCCCUCCCCGUCUCAUCGGCAAGCGCUGCCCCUUCCCAUGUCGCGCCGUCCAAAACACCCUCCGCACCUCGAUGUACCCCUGCACCCACGCCUCCCUCGCCACCCGCCCGUGCACCCAGUGGCCGGGACCCCCCAACAGAGAGAGACACCCUCCCCUCCUCGAGCCUGUUCAACCACCCAGCUCACACUACCACCAUUCCUACACGCAAGCGAAAACGCAAACCUCCACCUCUCAAAAACAAGGUGCACCCCAACCUAGACAGGCAUGGCCCUGGACACCCCAAAUCCUGAGGACUCGGAGUAGAGGGACAACCAGAAGAGUAAAUGUUGGGUUUUGGAUAAGAGGAGGACAGGGGGCAACAGGCUUUGUCCCCCAUGUGCUCCCUCCCUAAACCCGGGUAGAGUCAGAGAGAAAAUAGUGGCUGGGAACGAACAGGACGUAGGGAAGAGGAGAGCAGUAAAAUAAGAUGUUGCAGAUUUAUAAAUCAGUGAUCGGUCCAAAUCCCAGUUCAGGUCAUUGUCAGAAAGCAGGUGCGGGUCACCGGGCGCUAACUGAGCUGGUUUAGUCAGCCAUGUAAAGGUCAACAUUGAAACCAAGAAACACCCCACUUGCUUAUUUUUCACCGGACUCAAACUGAUCCCAGCUGGCCCUGGAGGUCACGUGGGGUCGCUGACAGGAGCACAUGAGCGUGCUGACUUGAGGAUUUAACCAACUGAAAGCAGCCAAUGCAAUCAGCCAUUUUGUGAUUUCUCAGUUAUGUUGUCCGUAUACAUAUUUGUGUUGUAUAUAUUGAUCACUAUGGGUAAUUGUGGCCUGUUUGAAGAUAGUUUUCCUUUUAUGAAUCACAAUUUGCAUGCAGGCACACAGAUGUACGCACAUGCAUGGAAAUAACACUGUACGCACAGAACCGCUAAGUGUCACGUGCCGCGCACUGCAGAGGUGCACGGCAAUCAGGCAAACACACACACACACACACACACACACAAGGUUGUUGGGAUCCCAGCGGCCAGUUUUUCAGGGUGCAGUUAUAACCAUGCUGCAGGAGUAGAGAAAAUGAAAAGAUACCGGGCAGCAAAGAGCGGUGACAGGAAGUUGGAGCGGUGGGAGCAAGAAGCGGUUAUUAGACGAGGCUCAGCGGACCUUAAAGUUGAGAAAGCGUGAAGGAGUUGCCUUCACUUACAGUACUGAGCUGUUACACAAGUUCCCCCACCGUUACGUUGAAUUCUAGUCUGAAGAGCUUUUCUAAAUGUUGCGACGUAAAAGCACUUUGUCCGCAUGUAGGUUUUGUUUUUGAUGGGUUAAGUAAUAAUUUGAUAUUCAAACCAAUAGAGAAAGCUUCACUCAUACUGAUAAACGUUGCCAAAGCGUAUGAGUCAUGUAUACAUUCAGAGUUUUACUAUACCGAAGUAAUUCAUUUUGUACUUAGCACUUUACUUUCAAUGCCAUAUUUAACUGUGUAAAGUUUUUAUUCUUCACAUCUUAACACAUUAAAGAAACGUACUAGUGAGUGUUAUUGAGCUGUUGAAACUACAGCUAGCAGUUGUCGGUGUACUUUUGUCUUUUAUGUCUUAUUUUGAAAAACAUGCGUACCAUGUCCAGUGGGCAGAUCUCAGGGAACCCCCCUAACCUGGACCGAAAACCAGGAAAACCAAAACUGGGGGAAAAAUAGGUGUUUUCAAUGAUCUAAAGAAAUGAUACCUUUGAUUGUGAAAUCAUGCCCGUAUGUUUUUAGACUUAAUUUCCCUUUUCUCUUAGCCAAGUCAGUGCUAGAAGGGGGGGGUACGGACUAGCGGGUCACUUCUAAUCAAACCCCACAGUUAAACAGCACAAUGUAAGCACCCAAAAUGUAUUUUGCUCUCACAGUUCCGGCCCUCCUUAAUCGGUGUUUGUACAUUUCUGUAUAUAUUGGUGCUUCGUGGUGUAUAUAUUUUUGCUUUUCAGGAUCGCCGUUGUUUAUGUGCUGCAGUGGCAUAUGCAUUAGGUCAAGCACUGGUGUUGCAAAGCCCAAAAAAACUACACUUCUUCACUACAGCCAAAGCUAUCAAUGCAUUUAAUAUAAAUCUUUGUAUACGCAACAGGCCGACUACCAACUACAGGAAGCAGAGCGCUCUACGCCUCCCCUGACCCGUGUUUUCUUGCUGUGUGUAACAAGAUAUGCAAAGAUCUGCCUGUUUUGUUCUGUGCAUUUUGCUUUGUGUUGUAUGUUCUCAUAUCUGUAUUUUGCAGUUGUAGCACUUCUCCUGCUUUUGCACUUGACAAAGUUGAAUAAAACGUUUGACAGCUCA